GCUGGCAGCUAACACGUCCGUAUCCCGUCCUUGUUAUCCCUGCCCAAGCGGAGGCCAUAAUCCUUUGGUGUUCGCAUUCAGCAGCUCAACAGUUAAAAGCGCUGCCGAAUGCGUUUUGCGUGUUUUCUGAUCCGUGUGUCGCUCGCACUCCGCCAGCCGCCGCCGCAGUGGAAAGAUGGCGACGGAGGGAGCGUCAGGGGAGAAGCCUCCUCCGGUGCAAGCGCUGGCUACUGCGGCGCAUGGAAGCGUCGAGGCGAAAUGUGAGUUUAACAUGGACAGCCUGAGCAAACCGGAGCUCCUGACUCUGCUCAGCAUCAUGGAGGGAGAGCUGGAGGCACGCGACCUGGUCAUCGAGGCCUUGCGGGCCCGCAGGAAGGAGGUGUUCGUGCAGGAGCGCUAUGCCUGCUUCAGCCUCUCCGACCCCUUCAUGGCCCUGCAGCGGGACUGCCAGGGCGGGGGCGGGGGCGGGGCCAGGGAGGGGCGGGGCCAGAGGGCCAGCCCCAUAGCGGUGCUGGAGGCCGUCAUGGCACACUGCCGGAGGAUGCAGGAGAAGAUGUCUGCGCAGCUGGCUGCAGCCGAGAGCCGGGAGCAGAAGCUGGAGCAGGAGAAGGCGCAGCUGCAGACGGUGCAGACGGAGCACAGGCAGCUGACUGCACAGCUGAAGGAGGAGAGGGAGAAGAGCAAGCACAUGGUCAACAUGCUGGUGCAGGAGUGUAGGCAGCUGGCCGCCCGCGUGUUGGAGGAGGGCCAGAGGUUCGAGGAGCUGUCGUCCCAGCUGCAGGAGGAGGGCGAGACCUCGAGCCGCCUGCAGGAGGCGCUGGCGGCCGAGCGGCGCAGGGGCCAGCAGAUGGAGGCGGAGAUGGAGAAGCAGCUGUCGGAGCUGGACGUGGAGCGGGAGCAGCUGCGGGCACGGCUGUGCCGAGAGGAGGCGGGGGCCGCGGAGCUGCGGGCCGAGAGCGAGGGGCUGCGCCGGCAGCUGCAGGAGCUCAGGACCCGCAGGGGCGGAGACGCCCCGUCCACCGCCGCUGCGGAAAGCGCCUCCAUCGCUGUGGAGACGGGCUCCCUGGGCUGCCGGACGGUCUCCUGCCAGACUGAGUUGCCGUUUGGUGAGCUCGGCGUGAAGAGCCCCAUCACCGUCCCGCUUAAACCCCCCGGCACCAACUACGCCGCCAUGAGCCUGCCCAAAAGUGCCCCGCGGGGGCUGGUGCACAGCCUGUCCGGGGGGGUGCUGCAGGAGAACGGGCCGUGUGCCGGAGAGCCCCCCUCCGGCCCCGCACUGCCCGCCGGGGUCAGCCCCCGCGUCCAGGCUGCCCGCUACAGGUUCCAGGAGCAGGAGCAGAACGGCUCAGCUAGCGCCAGCCCCCCCUCCCGCGACGCGUCCCCCCCCCACCGCGACAGCACUGCCGCCAAGCAGCAGGCGCGUAACACCGUCACCCAGGUCCUGUCACGCUUCACCAGCCCGCCCCCGGGGGGCACCCUGCGGCCCGGCCUGCCCCACUCCACCUCCGAGGGGGGGCCCUUCCCCGGUCGGCUGCCGCACCCCCACAUCGGCCUCAAGUCCCCCGCGGCGGCCAAGAUCGACCGGGGCAACCCCCCGCCCAUCCCCCCGAAAAAACCCGGCCUGUCACAGACCCCCUCCCCCCCUCACCCCCCCGUCAGCAGGUCCCCCUCCGGCAGCGUGGGGGUCCCUCCCAAACCCGCCACGCCCCAGCUCCCGCCCAAACCUGCCGUGGAAGUGGCAGGGGCGGGGGGGGGCUGUCCCAGCCCGGCCGUGACUGCGUCUCAGGUGGGUGCCCGCCCCCCCCAGGUGCGGGGGCCGCAGCGGGCAGCAUGUGCAGAGUGCCCCCCCCCUCUCCAAACCCACCGCACAUACCCCGUUAGCGCCUCACCCCGUAGCCCGUGCGACCCAGGCAGCCCGCUGGCAGCAGCCUCAGGCUGGGAUCCCCCCAUAGCGCCCCCCUCGCCCGGCGGUGACCCCGUUCCCCUGGUGGACGGGCGAACCCUUCUGCAGGCUGCUACCCAGGGAAACCUCACUGUAAUGUCACUGCUGCUUCACCAGGAUCCUCCCCAAAUCUCUCACCCCCAUCCGGACGCCAACGCUGCCUUGUUCUCUGCUGCUCGAAACGGACACGCGGACUGUGUGCAGUUGCUGCUGGCUGCAGGAGCCUCUGCUGAUGCUCCUGAUGCAGACGGAUUCACACCUUUACACACGGCCGCCGCCCACGGACACGCCAGGUGCGUGGAGCUGCUCGUGGGCGUGUCUGCGGACGUAGACCUGGUGGCUGCGGGGGGUCAGAGUGCUCUGUUCCUGGCGGGGAGCAGUGGGAGUGCAGAGUGUGUGAGAGUCCUUCUGAACGCAGGCGCUGACUGCACCGUCACCACCGCAGAUGGCUGGACCGUUGUGCACGCGCUGGCCAGUAGGGGUCACUCUGACAGCCUGGAGCUGCUGCUGUCCCACUCUUCCCUCCAGGCCUCCCUCCUCACACACACCAACACAGACGGCUGGACCGCCGCCCACAUCGCCGCCUCCAAGGGCAACAAGAGGUGUCUGGAGCUGCUGUGUUGCCACAGUCAGCAGGACCUGGAGCUGAGAGACAGAUGCAACCGCACCAUCCACCACAUCGCCACAGACGACUGCAAGGAGCUGCUGGAGGACCUGAACUCCUACAGAGUUCUGGUUCUGAUCCGGCCGGGCUCAGAGGAGCAGAUCUGCACGGUGGACCUGCUGGAGGAUGGGCCCAUCAUCGGCACUGUUCCGGUCUACAGGGAGACGGGCUGGGAGGAGCUGAACCGGAGCCUGACACACAUCCUGUCCGAGCACUUCCACCUGCUGGGCGGGACCGAGGGCGGAGCCAGGGCCGGAGAGACCUCCCUGGGGCUGAGCCCCGACAGCGUGUCCUGCGUGCUUAUUGGUGAUGUUGAGUGGUACCCGGGUCAGGAUCCCUCACGGUCGCCGUGGGAGUUGAUCAGGAGGCGGCACAGACAGCGCAUCACCGUCAGGCUCAAAGGUCUGAGGGAUUCGGCUGUGGAUGAGGUGGUCUACGACUCUCUGAUCCCUCUACAGCUGCUCCACAACUACAUCCGCCUGGUGGAACAGUAUCGGAAUGUUAUCCUGCACGGGAUGGAAGGCAGCUGCCAGGAGUACAUCGCAGGCCAGCUGUCUCUCUGUGUCAAGCACAGACAGGAGGCCAUGGGACUGCCGUGUGACAUCAUCAGGGUGGAAGUGGAUGAGAACCUGACCAAGGAUCAGCUGGUGGAGACCUUCAUCAACUGUGGUUUCCUGGUCCCUGUGAGUGAGGUUACCACAGUCCGCGGUGUGGUGGUGGUGCUGGAGGGUCUGGAGAGAGCCCGCUCCCUGUCGGAGCUCCUGGGUGACCUGUGUGACAGCUUGGAGAAUCGGGGAGUUCCCUACCCGCUGCCCCUGCUCCACGCACAGGAAGGCUACUGCCUACAUCACUUCCAGGAGGGAGGCUUUCUGAUUGGCACGCUGUCUAAGCCCCACCUCCAGGGGGCGGAGCUGCUGUUGCAGCAGCAUUUCCGUUGGGUGCAGCUGCGCUGGGAGGCGGAGCCUGUGGCCGGACUGCUCUCCCGACACCUCCGCAGGAAGCUGGUUCACAAGAUGAGGGGUGUGGUUCCGCCUGUGUCGGCUCUGCUCUGGAGGAUAGUGGCCUGGAUCUGCUGUGUGUGGCAGCAGCUGAACUCCUGCCUGUCCCGCUUGGGCACGCCCGACGCCCUCAUUGGGCCGCAGAUGUUCCUGUCCUGCCCACUGACCCCAGAUCAGCCACAAGCUGUCCUCAGGUGGCUGUCCAGGCUGUGGAACUUGGUGGUGGUCCCUCGGGUGGAGGAAGCUGUCGUCUCCAGGGUAACAGUUAAGAGGUGCCUGGCUGAGAGGCAGUUGCCCAGCAACAAGAACCUGAACCCGAGCCAGCAGGCAGUGGUCAAGGCUGCCCUCAGUGUCCUCGUCAACAAGGCCAUCCUUCAGCACUGCCCCCUGCCCCGCCCAGAGGUGGAUAAGUACCUGUCGGAGUUCCAGGGCAGCCAGUUCCCGCUGUUGGCGCUCGGGUCCUAUAAGGGCGCAGGGAGGAGGAAGGGGCGGGACAAUGUGGCCUGGAGGCGGGCUAACACCAGCCCACGCAAGAAGAGCAGUCCCUCCCCCUCCUGGAGCUCCAGCUGCACUCUCAGAGAGGGUUCACUGUCCAGCAAUGACCUCCACAGCAGCAGAGGGAGCUCAAGAGCUCAGAGGUGUGUGGGCGGGGUCUCUCUGGUGCUGGAUGAUCAGGUGGAUCUGAUGCAGGAGCUUCAGACUUUGUGCUCCAGCAGGUCUGAGCCAGAUAUCAGCAAGAUCCCUCCCUCCAGGGAAGACUUCAUCAUGUUUCCGGGCUCAUUUGAUGGACAGACGCCCCUGAAGGAUGGCGAUAAAGAGACUGUACAGAUGCGCACACAGACCAUUGACAGGUGUCACUCCAGCAGCCACGACUCUGACCCGCCUGGCGGUGACAGACAGAUGACACGACCCAAAUCCCAGCUCCCCGUCCCAAGUAACAAGAACCUGCAGCAGGCCGCUGGUGCCGCACGGGCCCGCUCCAGAACCAGCACCAGCAGAGCAAGCGGCAGAACAAGGCAAGCCCCGCCCAGUAACAACAACCACCAAUCACAGGAGGAGGUGUGGAUCCUGGACAGAGACUUGCAUGAAAACAACUAGACGCCUUCCCAACGUUUUCCUUUUUGUUUCAUUUCGGCAGUAUGUGGUAAAGUAGGAUUACACAGCCUCUGUGUUUGCGUUUUGUUAACUGUACUUGUUACAACGUGUAACAUUGUGAAUUUGGGGACCAUAGAUUUAUUGUAAUACAAAGAUAUGAAUCUAGCAAAACUAAGUAAAACACAUUUGAAUCAAAGUGAGAUCAGCCCUUUUCUGGCUAAGGAACAUUUUCGACAUUAUGUUUAAAUCAUUGCAAGGUUGUAUUAAAUACUGUUUGAAUAAUUCAGGGUUUACCAAAUAUCUGUAAAUAAGAUUUAGGAACUUGUCAUAUAGACUGGUGUAAGUGGUGUUACGUUUGUACAGGACGAAAAAAAAACUUGAGGCUUUAAUAAUGAUUGUACAUGUUUGUAAUAUUAGCGUUGGGUUGGUAAAUGUUCACUUGUUUCAGAGUGAAUAUAGUGUGGCAAUAAGUACUGUAUUUGCAAACAGGACAUUGUCUCUCACCUGUAAGCCAUAGAAACAUGUUCAUGCUCACCUGUUCAGCUGGAGGCUGGGUAAGCGUUCUUCAGCCCCAGUCAUUCAGACCGCACAGCCUUUUCUGUUCAACUCUCUGUGAAAUGUGCCACUUUGCAUUUACCGCGUUGGUACGUACAGAGGAUAGCAGAGCUGACCUCUGUGGUGUUCGAUUGUAAUAUAUCUAUCAGCUGAGAGCAAAAGUGACGUCCUGUUUUCAGCACAACCAUUAAAACUACAUUGUUCCCACAUCUUUCUCACAUUUAUUUUCCUGUGCAAAGGAAUCUGUGUU